AUGGAUGUCUUCCAGAUCUACACUUACUCCACCUCGGCGUGGCUCGCGCUCCAGAGUGUGCCUCUGAUUGCUAUGCCCAGCAUGAUAGUGGCACUGCUCCUGGAUGAAACACGGCCAGCAACGACAAUCGAAGUCUACUUCGCGAGAAGCCUCGGAAUCGGCCUUUUGACCAUAGCGAUUAUGACAGCGAUGCUCACCGGGUCAAUUCCACUAACGUCGGCAGUCAAAGAGCCCAUCACUGCCGAAGAGUCUGACCCGAAAGCACCGUACGCCAAACCAACGUUGAUUAUCACGUUCUUUUUCCACGCCGUUUCAGCCUUCUAUACCUAUACGCGAUAUGUUACCGGAGGGCACGGUGUCUUCGCCAUGGCUGUCGGGGGCAACUCUCUUCUGGCCUCCAUUGCACUGUGGUGUGUGCUUUUCGCGACCAGCGAGGGAAAAAUUAGCCGGAGGACAGGCGCUGACAAGAGAACGGCUGGUUUCCCUUUCUCGAAUUCGGAAGCUGCCAAGAAACAUGCGGGCAAGAAACUUUGA